AUGCACGCCUUCUCUAUUCUUACCAUUGGCAUCUUCGUCGCGGGAUACUCGACUGCCCGUUGGGACCUUGUGACCCGUGUGUACGAGCUCACCAUAUUCGCCUGGGACCACGGCGUCGUGACCAGAACUGCAAAGGGGUUCGCCUUGCUGUCCCUGUUGUUUUUCCUCUUCAUACUGCCCGUGGUGCGCAUCGCGGCCCAGGAGACAGAUCUGCAUCCCAGACUUGCAGGCACAGGAAUAUCUGCGCGCGAGCAGCUCAAACGUCGUGGUUCUUUCUAG